GUGACCGAGUCAUAGACGUAGGGUCAGAGUGGAGAACUUUCAGCAACGACAAAGCAACAAAAGAUCCAUCUCGAGUCGGGGACACCCAGAAUCCUUUGUUGAGCAAUGGCGACCUGAGUACGAUGAUUGGCAAGGGCACAGGUGCGGCAAGUUUUGAUGAAUUUGGGAAUUCUAAGUACCAGAAUCGCAGAACGAUGAGCAGCUCGGACCGUGCAAUGAUGAAUGCUUUUAAGGAAAUCACCAACAUGGCAGACAGAAUCAACCUCCCUAGAAAUAUAGUUGAUCGAACAAAUAAUUUAUUCAAGCAAGUGUACGAGCAAAAGAGCCUGAAGGGAAGGAGUAAUGAUGCUAUUGCUUCUGCUUGUCUCUACAUAGCCUGUAGGCAAGAGGGUGUUCCAAGAACAUUUAAAGAAAUAUGUGCGGUGUCCAGGAUUUCAAAGAAGGAAAUAGGUCGGUGCUUUAAACUUAUUUUGAAAGCUCUCGAAACCAGUGUUGAUUUGAUUACAACUGGAGACUUCAUGUCAAGAUUCUGUUCCAAUCUGGGUCUUCCCAAACAAGUACAAAUGGCAGCAACACACAUUGCCCGUAAAGCUGUGGAAUUGGAUUUGGUUCCUGGGAGAAGCCCUAUCUCCGUAGCAGCUGCAGCUAUUUAUAUGGCAUCGCAGGCCUCUGCAGAGAAAAGGACACAAAAAGAAAUUGGUGAUAUCGCUGGCGUGGCCGACGUUACGAUUAGACAGUCGUACAGGCUGAUCUAUCCUCGAGCUCCAGAUCUCUUCCCAGCAGACUUCAAGUUUGACACCCCAGUAGACAAACUGCCGCAGUUGUGAAAUGGCAGAGGGUUACUUUUCAUUUAAAAAACCCCCAAAACGCCGACAAGAAACUUUUUUGAUUUUUGCCUAUAAUAAAGGAUGUACAAAGUGUUAAUAUUGAGUCUUCAUGUCGUGGAACUGGAGGAUGUGGAGGUGGAGCAUAACUGCUGGAAGGCAGCACACAUUCCAAGGGUAAACAAGCUCGUUGUGUGGUAUUUUGUAUGUAUAUAUUAGUGGAAGUAAAUAUUUAAUGGCUGUUGCAACAAACCGAAUUUCAUAUUGUCGUACUUCUUUAGGUUUCUUUUGUAGGGAUCUAGUAAGAUGUAUUUUGGAAAAUCAAAAAUAUGAUGUAAUUCCCAA